UCGGUGUACUGUGGUGACAGCCGGUUAACAACAUGCGGUUCAGUUGGUUCUGUUUUGGUAGCAUCUUGGUGAAAUAAAUUUAAAAAAUCUAAUAAUGAAACUUACAGCAGAGAAAAAGCCCCUCAAGGCAAAGAAAGUCGCAAAGUUAAACAAAAAUACAAUCGAGGAACAGACGCACGAAAAGCGGAAACUAAAGAAGGAAAAGAAGGCCAAGCUGGAAACAGAAUCGAAGGAAGAGGAACUAGCCCCAGAGCAAGAGAUGGACGCUGCUAUGGAGAACGAGGCAAAUGAGGAAGAGGAGGACGUUGAGAACGUCGAUGCCGGUGUUGCCAAUGGCGAGGGAAAAGCAAAAUCAAAAGCUAAGACCUCGAAGGUAAAGGAGGAUAAACAGGAAGCAAAACAAAAGCCAAGAGGAAAGGAAUACACCAUCUUUGUUGGCAACCUUCCCAAAACGAUCAAGCAGAAGGAUCUGCGAGUCAUGUUCAGCAAGUACGGCACCAUACAGACGAUUCGUCUUCGGACGAAUACGGGUUUGAAAUUGUUCAACAAGAAAGCGCUGUCAAAAGUGCCUUCCCUGAACGCGUACGUAGUUUACAACUCCAAGGAGGAAAUGGAACAGGCCUGUCAGCUGGACGGGGAAAUGGUGAGCAACAAUCGCAUCCGCGUGUGUCCGGCUGACAAGAAGCAGAUUGGCGACGCGAAAGCGACCGUCUUCGUGGGAAAUAUAGCGAGAGGCACAACCGAUAACGAUCUGUACGAAUUCUUUAGUCGCGUCGGGCCGAUCGAAUACGUCCGGCAGAUCGGGGACAAGUACGUGGCGUACGUGUGCUUCAAGAAGGGCGUCUCCAUCAUGAAAGCCCUCAAGCUGAACCAGGAAUCGCUGAACGGUCGGCUGAUUCGGGUGGAAAAGGUGGACACGACGCGCACCAACGUGAAGGUCAACAAGAAGGGACACGUGGUGCCGCGAAACCGGCUGCCCGCCAGCCCGGGCGCGAACACGGCCGCUGCACCAGCGGGGGAAGGCAAAGCGAACAGCACUGGUGGCGGUGCGGGAGCCAAAUUCCACGGUAAGGUGGCGCACGCGAAGGGCAAGAAGAGCAAUGUUAGUCUGAAGAAGGGCAAGGGCUCGGUAGCGCAGAAGAAAAUGCUCGCCAGCAAACUGAAGGCAGCGAUGAAGCAGAAGUAGACGCAGUAAGGGAAAACGGGAAGUAAUAAGCAGAAUGUAUUGUUUAGAUGUUUCUCUUUUUCUAAAAUAUAUUGUAAUUUGCCUGUCGAUCGUAAA